CCUGAUCUUCCCUCAUUCCAACUUUCAAGAUUCCUCAUCACUUUCUCACACUUGAUUACCAUGGCUGCCCUGAACCGCGUCAAGAGAGUUUGGACCAAUUACGUGCAGCAAGACGGAUUCGAUGCCCAUGCUCUUUCCGGUCUCAAGCUUAUCUCUGCUGGAAAGGGCACUUGCCAUGCUGAACUCAAGAUUACUCCCCAGCACUUGAAUCGACUGGGUGGAUGCCAUGGAGGUCUUCUCAGCACUAUUGUCGAUGUUGGUGGAUCAUUAGCAAUUGCCGCAGAUGACAUGCUCGCCACCGGUAUGUCAACAGACAUUAGCGUGUCCUUUGUGUCUGCGGCUCAGCUGGAUGACACAUUGUCCAUUAACUCUCGUUGUCUCAAAAUUGGGGGCUCUCUCGCCUUUACGGAUGUAGAGAUUACCACCAGAGACAGAGUUGUUGCUCUUGGGCGUCACACCAAAUUCGUGCGCCUUGCCCACAAAGCAAAUGCAGAGAAAAAGCUGGAUGGAGAGACAUAAAGCGUUGUGGCUACCUCCUCUCAGCCGCUGGCCAACGGCACAUCCUAUGCGCGCAGUUCCGUUCCAACAUGAUCUACUCCCUGCGCUGGCUCUGUGGAGGCCAUGACAAGCUUCCGUACUGUCAAGUCGUAAAUGAUUUCCUCCACUUUCUUGAUGUCAUACUAGACGAAAAUAUAGACAUAGAUUUAGAUCAUCGAAAUAUAAUGUAAGUAUUGUAGCCGAAUAAUGCUGUGC